ACCAAAGCCAGAAGAAAGCGCUUAAAGGAAGGAGGCAGCUUGUCUCUCUACUUAAGGGCCGUAAGCACAAGGUGUGCCGAAAGUACAUGAAGGCCUUCGUUUGUGCUGCUUUCUUACCUGCAUGCAAUGAGAACGGAGAUGCUAUUCCACCUUGCAGAAAUCUGUGUCUGGUGACCAAGGCAAAUUGUCAGGUCAGCAUGGAGGAUUUAGGGUUGGAGUGGCCAAGCGAGUUGGACUGUGACGUGUUUCCUACAUCCGAUGAAAAUCCGCAUUGCAUUUCAGGACCAGCUGAAGACGGCUUGCCACUCCGAGUGGUCAUACAUGAGGACUGAUUCCUUCCUCCACUAAAAUCACUGUUGGUUAGAAAAAAGUCAAAUCGACUUUGGUCCAAGGAUACAUUUUGGAAUAUGGUGAUGGCUCAUCAGCUAGACUGACUGAAGUUGUG